UUGACAUGUCGAUGUUGUUUUCCGCAGGUACGGGACCUACUUUGGCAAAAGUACGACUCUGUCGUUAGUCAAUACCUCAUCAUCGAUUGCAGGUAUCCGUACGAGUACGAAGCAGGGCACAUCAAGAGUGCGAUCAACGUGUACAGUCAAGAUCAGCUGUUCGAACGAUUUUUUUCUCAUGCAUUGAGUGGACGUCAAAUCCUGAUCUUUUAUUGCGAGUACUCACAGGAAAGAGGGCCUAGAAUGUACCAUAACUUACUUCGCCGCCGCGAUCGAGUUUUAAACGAACCGCACUACCCGAAGCUUUACUACCCUGAAAUCUAUUUGCUGCAUCGCGGAUACCGGCUCUUCCACAAAAAGUUUGCGGUAAGCCGUUUUAGAGAGAGUUUGUUUAACGUACAUUGCGUCAAUUGCCCUUUAAAGUUUGACAUCAAAUACAGUUAA